AUGGCGGAGACCCUGGCAGCGGAGUUUGGAGUUCAAAUUACAAAUCAGCUGGACGUGACUCGGGUAGCGCUUGAAGUUGAUUCUCUAUGCCUUGUUCGACAUAUGCAGGAGGAGGGUGAGGUCAGUUCCGAAAUGGGCAUCAUAUGCCGAAAUAUUAAGAAACUAAUGAGGAGACCAGGGAUUGCAGAAGGCACCAUCAGCCACGUUCGACGGGAGGCAAAUCAGGCGGCGCACAUUAUGGCCCAUAGUAAAACCAAUUGGGAGACGAGAGAAGUUUGGCUCGACAGAGCGCCUGUUUAUUUGUUAGACCAGCUACGGCUGGAUGAUGUAGUCAUUGACCUGAUUUAA